CGAAAUAAUUGAUAGAUGGUGAGAUUGGACCUUAGAGCUAUUUUAUAUUAUGAUAAAAGUAAUGAAAAAAUUUUGCUUUUGGCAGCAGCCGUUACUGUUGUUGUUGCCCAAAUUGGGUUAGGAAAAAUUGAAGAAUUCGAAGGACCUUUCGAGCCCAUUCCUUACAGCUUCGGCUACUCGAUUAAAGAUGAGCACGGUGAGCAGCACAGAAGCGAAAAGAGUGAUGGAGCAGGUGUUGUCACAGGAAGUUAUGGCUUCGUAGACGAAAACGGCAUUCAUCGAAUGGUCUAUUACAUCGCAGAUGAGAAAGGUUUCAGAGCGAAAAUCGUCACAAAUGAGCCAGGCACAGCCAGUCAAAAUCCUGCAGGUGUCUUAAUGGAAUCAGUUCAAUGAUGGGAUUAAGGUCUAUUAGAAUCAAUGGAAGAUCAAUGGAAACAAAGUCAUUCAAGAUUGCUAUGCCAAAGAACUUUUGAACAUAAACAUUCACCAAAGAACAAUACCGAGCAAAAUAUAUUUAAAAAUAUUUAAUAAAAAUAUGUACUAACGUUUUAAUAAAUCCUGUUUAUUAACGUUGUAAAUAAAUAUUUUCAUUUCAAA